GGAGUAACCGAUUUAGAACCUGAGGUCCAAUCUGGUUGGAGUCUGGGUCGAAGAUACAGUUAAGGACAUUUCAUGUCCCGACUUACAACUUAAUAGGCCUGUAGGUGCCCAAGCAUUAAGAACUGUUACCAUGCUUGCCAAGCACUUGCAGAGCCCUGGGUCACGCCAGGUCGCGCCUGCUUCCCGCUGUUCAGGUCAUGCCCAUAUAACACUUAGACAUAUUUCUGGACGUCGAGCGCUUAAGGUUCUAGCCCGCGAUUGUCCAAAGCCUGCCUUUGAGACGGCAGACACUUUCCAGGAGGCACAGGCUCUAUCAGCGAAAUUCAGGAAUGCGCCGCGCCCCGUUGAGCCGCUUAAGGUUGUAAUUGCUGGCGCUGGUCUAGCGGGGCUAUCUGCAGCGAAGUACCUCGCGGACGCGGGCCACGAGCCAAUCGUCUUGGAGGGCCGCGACGUCCUGGGCGGCAAGGUAGCGGCUUGGAAGGACAAGGAUGGCGACUGGUACGAGACUGGCUUGCAUAUCUUCUUCGGCGCUUACCCAAACAUGAUGAAUCUGUUCAAGGAGUUGAACAUCGAGGAUCGCCUACAGUGGAAAGAUCACUCGCUGAUCUUUGCCAUGCCCAACCUCCCCGGCGAGUUCAGCCGGUUCGAUUUCCCGGAUAUCCCAGCGCCCUGGAACGGAGUCUUCGCAAUCCUGCGCAACAACAAAAUGCUUACUUUCUCGGAGAAAAUCCAGUUUGCGCUGGGCUUGCUGCCGGCCAUUAUCUUCGGCCAGAAGUACGUUGAAGAGCAGGACAGUUUGACUGUUACGGAGUGGAUGCGCAAGCAAAACGUUCCCGAUCGGGUCAACGAGGAGGUCUUCAUCGCCAUGGCAAAGGCCCUGGCCUUCAUCGACCCGGACCGGCUAUCCAUGACGGUGGUGCUGACGGCCCUCAACCGCUUCCUGCAGGAGCGCCACGGCUCCAAGAUGGCCUUCCUGGACGGCGCCCCGCCCGAGCGGCUGUGCGGACCCAUGGUUCAGCACUUCACGCAGCGCGGCGGGGUGGUCAAGAUGAACGCGCGGGUGCGGGAGAUCGUGCUGAAUGAGGACGGCAGUGUGAAGCACUUUGCGCUGACCAACGGGGAGAUCGUGGAGGGGGACCUCUACAUGUCGGCAGUGCCGGUUGACAUCCUGAAGCAGCUGGUCCCCGCCCCCUGGCGCCCGCUGCCGUACUUCUCCCAGCUCAAGGAGCUGGAGGGCGUGCCGGUCAUCAACAUCCACAUCUGGUUCGACCGCAAGCUGAGCACGGUGGACAACCUGCUGUUCUCGCGCUCGCCGCUGCUGUCGGUGUAUGCGGACAUGAGCACAACCUGCAGGGAGUACGCUGACCCUGACAAGAGCAUGUUGGAGCUGGUGUUCGCGCCCGCCAAGGACUGGAUCGGACGCUCCGACGAGGACAUCAUGGCCGCCACCAUGAAGGAGCUGGAGCGCCUCUUCCCCAACGAGAUCCGGGCGGAUGGCUCGCUGGCCAAGAUCCGCAAGUUCCACGUGGUCAAGACGCCGCUCAGUGUGUACGAGAGCCGCGCGGGGCGCGAGGCGUUCAGGCCCACCCAGCGCACCCCCAUCUCCAACCUCUACCUGGCGGGAGACUUCACCAAACAAAAGUACCUGGCCUCCAUGGAGGGCGCCAUCUUCAGCGGCAAGCUGGCGGCGGAGGCCAUUGUGGAGGACUACAACAUGAAGGGCAGGAGCGUGGCGGGGGCGGGCAAGUCCUCCUCCUCCUCCUCGUCUCCGGAGCUGGUGGCGGCGUCGGCGCUGCUGGCGCUUGCGGCGGCGGGAGCGGGUGCCGUGGGGUUCGGAGUGAUGUGAGCUGGGGUAGGGAGCAGGAUGAGGGGGGAGGGGUGGAGAGGGAAGGGCAUGCAUGCGUGCGUGCCUUGGCUAGGAGGGGCUGCUGUAGUGCAAGAUACACUGAGCCGAGGGGUAACGUGGGGAGCUGGGGAGGCAGGAGUAUGAAGAUGAGCCGCGAGAGGUGGUGCGCGGGAGAGGGAGGGGGCUUUCGAGGGGAGUGUGCUUGAUUGGGUCUGCAAGCGUGAAGGCUAAUCACACACGCGGCGUCGGUGUGAGAAGCAUUGAGAAGGGGCUGCGCUAAAUGUGAAUGUGCGUGUGUGUUGAAAAGGGCAUUUGCAUGCUUGCGGAUGCAUGCUUGCGUGUCCACUCUGGUCCUAUGAUACGGGUAUCCUACUUCCUGGGGGCUCCUGUGAUGACGGAGGUAUAGGGCUAUAGGCGGAGCUGCGGUUCAAGCUGGGGGACUGUGCUGGCGGGGGUGUUGCUCCCCACCUUCCCACAUGCCGGCGGCCAGGGCAGCGAGGGCAGAGGAUGAAGCUGAGGUCAGCGAUAUUGAGGCUUCAGCUAGCUUGAGAUAGGGACAACCCGCUUUCCAGAGGCGGGUGUUGCCUGCGUGUGUCAUGCCCGAUUUUGCUCCGUACGGCUUGGGAAGGGCUUUACCCCAGCUUGUCUUCUUCGAUGAACGCCUCACGGGGUGGGGUUGGGGUACGCUGUGCGUUAUGCGUGCUGCGCGACUGAUGUGUAUCAUUUGUAACUAUUUUGACUAUCGUUAUACCGGAAUGCGCCCGCUUGGGCGGGCAGGCGGUGAAGGGAGCGGAGAGAGAGAAAGCGCAAUGCACCCAAGCAUCUGAGUUGGUACUGCAAUGAGGCACAGGCGUAACGCGGGUGUGUUGGUGCAAGGCAAUCAGGAGUGUUAACUUCGGGCUAGGGUGGUUAAUGCCUUGGCUUGGCCCACUGUGCGUCUGGUAACG